GAAUUCUAUUUAUUUUUCAGCUACAGAAGCAUGGUUGACCCAACAAAUGUGACUUCAUCUGUCAACCAGACCUGUGAUCUGGUUGUCCCAUCAGUCAACCCUUUUUUUAUGAUGGUCUACAGUUUGGUGUUUCUGGUGGGUUUAAUCCUCAAUGGCAUCAUCAUGAGGUUUUACUUUCGCCAAGCUCAGCAGCAGGCAUCAAGCAGCUUGAUGGUCUACCUGAAGAACCUGACAGCUGCUGACUUCCUCCUCUGCCUCGCUCUGCCACUGCGAAUAACCCACUAUGCCAGCAGUUCUGGCAUUGUUCACAGAUACUACUGCGCUUUUGGAGCUUCUGCCCUGUAUCUCAACAUGUACGCCAGCAUCAUAUUCAUGGGGUACAUCGCUGCCAACAGAUAUCUGAAGAUUGUUCAUCCUUCAGGAACUCACAUCCUGCAGACAGUACAAACUGCCCACAUCGUCUCCACGGUCACCUGGGUUUUUCUCCUGACUCCAGCAAUCACCUACAACAUUAUGUUUUUCAUCACUCACAAUCCUCUGACCUCUGACUCUGGCUACUGUGAGUCUCUCUUCAGUACGUCAUUCAGCGUCCUUCAUAAAACAUUUCAAACCAGUUGCACCAUCAUCUUCCUCUUAGUCUUCAUAUCCCUGGUCUUCUUCUACUACGGCACCUCCCGCAGGGUGUUGCAGGCACAGCAGAGUCGGCUGGCCUCCUCCUGUGCUGACAAGCUUUUGAAGUCUCGAAAGAACAUGUUAGUGCUGGUCAGCAUCUUCUGUCUUUGUUUUGUGCCCUAUCACUUGGUUCGUCUUCCCUAUACACUUCUGUGGACCAGCUGCUCUGUACGUCAGGUAUUGUACUACUUGAAGGAGGUGACCACCAUGGUAUCAGUUUCAAAUGUCUGCCUGGACCCUCUUGUUUACUUUUUCAUCUGUAAGACUUUUCGGGCACAGGUGAAAAAGAUGUCCAGGAGAGUCAAAAAGUCCAACAUUUUAUAA